AUGGGGAUCGUCAUUGACUGCCACUGCACAUUUUGUGGUGCUGGAAUGGACACAAGAAACCAUUUAUUUUUCAAGUGUCAGGUUGCUACUGCACUGUGGUCUGCAAUUUUCUCCUGCAGUGGUCUUCGGUUUAGCCAUCAUUCAUGGGAUGCUCUCUACGCUUGGGCAACUGCUAACUGGAAGGGAUCUUCCCUCCUCACUUCAAUCAUGAAACUCUCCUCGAAUGCUUUGAUCCACACAAUCUGGAAAGAAAGAAACAAGAGGAUUUUUCAAUCUCAAGCAUUAACAAUUGAAGCUAUGUUCAGUUCGAUCAAGGAAACUACUGGAUUCAAACUAAGGGGAAGGCAUAUUAAUCGCUUACCCACUGCUAAUAUUUCUCUUUGUAACCAAUGGGGUAUUAUUUAA